AUGGGCAGCGGCGGCUCCGCGGGGCGUGGGGCUCGGCUGGCGGCAGCCGAGGGCCCCGACGGCGUCGAGCAGCGGCUGGAGGUGCGGGGCCGGCAGGUCCCGGCCGAGCUGUGGGCUCAGCAGGGGCUGCGGAAGCUCUACCUGAGCGACGCGGGGCUGCGGGAGGUCCCGGACGAGCUGGCGGAGCUGCAGCACCUGCGGACCCUCGCUCUGGACGGCAACGAGCUGAUGGAGGUGCCCGAGGCCGUGUGCGACCUGCCCCACCUGGCGCACCUGUACCUGGGCCGCAACGGGCUGCAGGGGCUGCCGCCCUCCUUCGCCCAGCUCCAGAGCCUGCGCUGCCUCUGGAUCGAGGGAAACUUCUUGGCGCACUUCCCCCGCGCCCUCCUGCAGCUGCCGGAGCUGCGCAGCCUCCAGCUGGGGGACAACCGGCUGAGCCGGCUGCCCGCGGCGCUGCCCCGCAUGGCCGGCCUGCGGGGGCUCUGGCUCUACGGGAACCGCUUCCAGGAGUUCCCGCCCGUGCUGCUGCGCAUGGAUCACAUCCGCGUCCUCGACCUGGAUCGCAACCGCAUCGCCAGCUUCCCGGACCUCACCGGCCUCGCUUCCCUGCGCCUCCUGUCCUACGACCACAAUCCCGUCCGGCAGCCGCCCUGCGUCGGGGAUGAAGUGCAGCUGGUGGGGGACGGGGCGCAGGAAUACAUGGAAGCGCGGCAGGAGCGGCUGCAGAGCCUGCAGCGCCAGGAGGAGGAGGAGGAGGGCACCGAGGCCGCCCCGCUAUCUCCCGAGGAUGGGCCGGAGGAUGGGGAGGGGGAAUUUGCAGCCCUGACGGGAUCUCCUGAGGAAACGUGAGCUGCUGUCCCCCUCAAGGGGUGCAGAGCCUCCAUCUGUCUUCCAAGGAAUUCCCAUCUAGGGCUGGGAAAGGAGGAAGUUCACAGCCUCCACAAAGGAAAACCAAGGGUCUAAGGAUCAGCCUUAUCCAGUUGGGGCAGCAGUGUUUUGUCCUGGAUCAACAGGGCUCAUCGAUCCUAAUGGUUAUCUCACCUGAGAGCAUCCCACCUACUCCAGGAUGUCUUGGAUUGGGAUACAACCCCCUACCCUUAAGGGUGAUCCCC